UCAGCCAGUUACCUCAACCCGGCCCACAUAGCCCUCUUCCUCAUCCCUUCCCCCCACUUUCCACCAAUUCCUUGAUAAGCUUCUCCACCUCAUCUCGCUUCACAUCGUGACCCUCUCAAAUAAAAAAAUCUAUCUAUUUUUCUCAAUAAUAAUUUUUGGACCGACAAGUUUGUGGUUGGACCAUUGCUCCCCAUAUCCGGUGUCCCCUUGGUGCGUCAUUUAUAUCUCCUGUGUCAUGUCUCCAUCUUAACUAAUGUGAUUUUCUGAACCAGUGGAUGGUGCCUCAGUCCCUGUAAUAAAUAUAGACUCCAAUCUCUUAGGGUUGAUCAAGAGCACAGAGACGAAGCUGAGCAAAAAAAAAAAAAAAAAAACAGAGCACAGACACGGAGAUGGCCUCCAGUAAUGGAUUCUCCAUGAAACCUCAUGCGGUCUGUUUGCCCGCCCCGACUCAGAGCCACAUUGGUGCGAUGCUUAAACUCGCAAAACUCCUCCACCACCGAGGCCUUUGCAUCACCUUCGUCAACACAGAGUUCAACCACAGGCGCCUGCUCGAGGCCAGAGGCUCAAGCUUCCUUCAAGAUCUCCCAGCCGGCUUCCAGUUUGUGGAGAUUCCAGACGGACUUCCAUCGUCGAAGGCCAAUGCCACACAGUCUGUUGUCUCCCUGUGCGAGUCCGCUAAGCUAUACAUGGGGGCUCCAUUCUAUGCCCUCAUCGAAGACCUGAACAAGCGGGCGUCUUCAGGUUCUGGCUUUCCACCGGUUUCUUGCAUUGUAGCGGAUGGUUUAAUGACGUUCUCAGCCUAUCCCGCCAGUGAGAAGUUUGGGAUCCCUGUCGUGAACUUGUGGACUAUACCAGCAUGUGCCCUGAUGGGAUUACUCCAUUAUCCUAAGCUCAAGGAAAAGGGCUUAACUCCACUAAAAGAUGAAAGUUACCUCACAAAUGGCUUCCUUGAGACCAAAAUUGAUUGGAUUCCAGGGAUGACGAAUAUGAGAUUGCAUGACAUGCCGAGUUUCUUCCGAACUACCGAUCCAGAUGAUUUCGUAUUCCAUUUCAUGAUGGACACGACUGCAAGAUUUGAUAAGGCUUCUGCGACAAUCAUCCACACUUUUGAACCACUCGAGGCAGAUGUUUUGAGUGCUCUCUCGUCUAUGUUCUCUAGGACUGUUUAUGCAAUCGGCCCGUUUCAACUACUUAUCGAUAGGAUUUUAGAAAAUGGGAACCAUUUGAAGCACAUGGGUUGCAGUCUAUGGAAAGAAGACGUGGAGUGUCUCGAGUGGCUCGAUUCGCAGAAACCUGAAUCAGUGCUCUACAUUAAUUUCGGAAGCAUAACUUUUUUGACAUCGCAACAAUUGGUUGAGUUUGCUAUGGGCAUCGCUAACAGUAAACACCCAUUCCUAUGGAUAAUUAGACCCGACCUAGUGGACGGGGAUACUGCAGUGUUACCUCCUGAAUUCACCAAUGAAACAAAGGGGAGAGCCUUUAUAACUGAAUGGUGCCCUCAAGAGGAAGUACUCAACCACCCUUCGGUCGGAGGGUUUCUGACCCACUGUGGGUGGAACUCAGUGAUUGAGAGCUUGUCUGCCGAAGUCCCGAUGUUAUGUUGGCCUUAUUUUGCCGACCAGCAAACAAUCUGCAAGUAUGCCUGCACAGACUGGGAGGUCGGGCUAGAGAUUGGCAGUGAUGUGAACCAAGACGAAGUGGAGAGGCUCGUGAAGGAAUUGAUAGAAGGAGAGAAAGGAAAGCAGAUGAAGAAAAGGGCAACGGAGUGGAAGCGACUUGCCUUCAUGGCAACAAGAGAAGAAGAAAAAAGGAUUGGAUGAACUCAUGAUGUCAUAAUUCCAGCUAUUUAGUUUAGUUCUGAAUCUAGUCAAAUCACAGAGUGAGAAAGAUCUUUAAGUAAGCAGUGGCUUCUUUCAAAGCUCAAGCAACUUGUGACUUCUGUCGCUUUGUGUACCGGAGGAUUGGCUCCUUAACCUGCAGAAACACAAGAAAUGCGGUAUCUCAUCGUUUAAUGAAAUUGAAAGAAAUCUUGAGCCUGUGCAGAGUCCAUUCUUAUUCUUAAAUGGAGGAUCUGAGAGUUACCGUGCUCGUCUUCCUCGGGCGUUUAUCUUGGGUUGACCUGCUACAAAGAACGGUGUCCCCCUCUUCGCCAUUUGGGGUGCCAAUGUUUGCUCGGGCAUUGCCAUUCCCGGGGACGAAUUAUUGUCAUUCCAAUCCUUGAUGGUAAACGAAUUAUUUUCGUUUUCCCUUUUGUAUAUUGUAGCAAUAUAUGAAAUUUUUUAUAGUGUAAGGGCUCAAUUGAAGUUACGGAUAUCAGGAUGCACAAAAAAAAAAAAUAAAAAAUAAAAAGAAAUUGCUCCAUAUAAUAUUUGACUAUUUGGUGCUUAGGGCCACAACUAUUAUUAGGUAGGUGUCUUGACUAAUCUCAAGAUUUGUGAAUAAACUUUCCACUUCUUGCUCUUUUUAAUUA